UGUAGAGAUGCUGGACGUUGAAACGAAUGUCCCUGCUAGUGAUGUCCUUGUGUCCAAUGAUUCACCGAUCAAGUACGAAAAUGGUGUUAAGACUAGCAAAAGCAAUGAUGAGGACAAGACACAUGAUCAGAGUGAUUCAAAGGGAGAGGACUCGAAGAAUGCUAGAAGUGAGACAGAGGACCAGCUCAACUCUAAGAGUCAGCCAGAGGCACACGACAAUGUGGUGCUGGAGAACAAAACACCUACUAUUGAUGCUGGAACGGAUGAUAUGGUAAGUGGCUACGUGAAGGUGACUGAUGAUGAAGUACAGAAUAUUGAUGAAGGAGAAGUGAAUGAUGUUCAUCAGAGUGAGAAAAUGAUCUAUGAGGUCAAUCAGAAUGGGAAUAAUUUGCUGGUUGAUAGAUCAGUGGAUCCUCAGAUAAAGACAAAUGCUACAACUGUUACCACUGAUGGUGAUGCUAGGUCGGACGAGUUUCCGAAAGUGACAUCGAAGUUACGGAUUUUUCUAUUGGAAAAGCGCCAGAACCAGCUAGUCCAAUGUUUCUGAUCAAUCCUGCAACUGCAAAUGCUGGACAACAUAGUGGGGAAGCAUCUGAGAAUAUUUCUGCAAUGAUGGCUGAUGGUGAGGAUGAUGAAUGCUCCCCUGAGGAUCAAGCUGCAUUUAUAGGAAAACUAGGCACCUUUUACCGGGAGAAGGCGAUGGAAUUUAAACUACCUAAGUUUUAUGGUCAUCCGCUUAAUUGCCUAAAGUUAUGGAGAUCUGUGAUCAGAUUAGGUGGCUAUGAUCGGGUAACUGGAUUCAAAUUGUGGCAGCAAGUGGGAGACUCCUUUAAUCCCCCCAAGACUUGCACUACUGUUUCUUGGACAUUCCGCAGCUUCUAUGAGAAGGUAAUAACCUGAAGUUAUCUUCCCUUGAUAGUUU